UCAUCAUCUCAUUUCCCCUAUUUCUCCAUCGCAUCAAAAGAGAAGGAAAAGAGAGAGAGAGAGCCCUCAUUUUGUUGCCCAUUAAAUUUCUCUAGUUAUCAUCAUCAUCUUUCUCUAAAGUCUGCAAGGUUUCUGACCCAAACCCUAAUCCCCGGAGCUAGCUAACAGAGACGAGGGGAUAGAGCAGUGGAAGAAGAUUGGAAAAGAAAAAAAAUUUGAUCUAGUUAUGGAUUUGAGAAGAAAAGUUCUAAUGGUGUGAAGAAAAGAAAAUUCUGGAAUUUUCAAAUGGGGGCGGCGGGUUCCAAGCUGGAGAAGGCUCUGGGUGACCAGUUUCCCGAAGGCGAACGAUAUUUUGGCUUAGAGAAUUUUGGGAAUACUUGCUAUUGCAAUAGCGUCCUUCAGGCACUUUAUUUUUGCGUUCCGUUUCGGGAACAGUUGAUAGAUUAUUAUUCGAAUAACAAAACCUUGGCAGAUGCAGAAGAAAAUCUGUUGACAUGCCUAGCUGACCUAUUUAUGCAGAUUAGCUCACAGAAGAAGAAAACUGGUGUGAUUGCUCCAAAACGCUUUGUACAGAGACUCAAAAGGCAAAAUGAGAUCUUUCGCAGCUAUAUGCACCAGGAUGCCCAUGAAUUUCUGAACUAUUUAUUGAAUGAAUUGGUCGACAUAUUAGAGAAAGAGUCACGAGCUGCAAAAAGUGAUGGUGAAACUUCAUCACCAUCUGAAAAGGGUGCAAAUGGACCAAUGAGUAAUCAUGCCAAUGGCACACAAAAGGAGCCUCUUGUCACGUGGGUGCAUAAGAAUUUUCAGGGAAUACUAACAAAUGAAACACGAUGCCUGCGUUGUGAGACAGUUACAGCAAGGGAUGAAACCUUUUUAGACUUGAGCCUUGAUAUUGAACAGAACAGUUCAAUUACAAGCUGCUUGAAGAAUUUUAGUUCAACUGAGACAUUGAAUGCGGAGGACAAAUUCUUUUGUGACAAGUGCUGCAGCUUGCAGGAGGCCCAGAAGAGAAUGAAAAUUAAGAAGCCACCUCACAUAUUGGUAAUCCAUUUAAAGAGAUUCAAGUAUAUUGAACAGUUGGGCCGGUACAAGAAAUUAUCAUAUCGCGUUGUCUUCCCACUUGAACUGAAGUUGAGUAAUACAGUUGAGGAUGCAGAUGCUGAAUAUUCCCUGUUUGCUGUGGUAGUACAUGUGGGGAGUGGGCCCAACCAUGGACACUACGUCAGCCUUGUGAAAAGUCACAACCAUUGGUUGUUCUUCGACGAUGAAAAUGUGGAAAUGAUUGACGAAUCUGCUGUGCAGACAUUCUUUGGAUCAGCUCAGGAAUACUCUAGUAACACAGAUCAUGGCUACAUCUUGUUCUAUGAAAGAAUCACUGCUGCUGGCACAAGCUGAGUGGAAGUGCGGUAAUUUUCACCAUAUCUCCAUUUUUUAACCGGAUUCCUGUUUUAAACGGCUAUCAGUAUUCUUUGCCUCUACCUUGCUAUGUAUUCUAGGAAAAUUUUCGAAGUAUGUCUAGUGAGUUAAGAUGGGAUGAGAGAGAUGUACACGUAGGUUGUUGCCAUGUACAGUGGAUGGUGUAGCUCGCUGUCCUUUAUUUUGCCCGAAAAAUAAAGGAAAAUGACACAGUGUAUAUGGUGGUGAAAUGUGAUACUUUUAUGCUUCACUGCAUUUGAGCUUUUUUCAACCAACAAGAACCUUGUCAUGAUUU